AUCCAAUCCAACACUUAUUCGCUUCGCUUGGGUUGGCGCUGGCCCGAACCGAGGAUUUCAUUGAGCUUAUUUAUUAAUUGACUGAGUUAAAUUGCUUCUACCUCAAUCGAUGGCAUCUUUGGUGUCUAUAAUUUAUUAACAAACUUCAAAUAAUUUGCCGACCGAUCGUUUAUGCAAAUCAUUGAGUGCAUAUCUCAUACGGCGCGCGUCAUACGUAUAUGCUUAAGCAAAAGCAUUCGGUGCGAAGAGAUAACAAAGUCAAGGCCCACUGGAUGCCUGACGGCGGAAGCGUCAUGGAAAGCCGCCUUCCGAUAAAGUUUUCCCAUGCCUGAACAGUGUCGUGACGUGUGUUAGUGUGUUGUGAACUGUUAUCUGAAAUGACUUCAAUCAAAAUAUUCCCCCAAAAAGCACUCCGUCGUCAUUAUGGAAUCUUUGGUCGCUCGUCCUGUUGGCUGCUUCAGCCUCGGCAGUUGAACAAUAUCUGCAUCGUCUUCGCCGAACUAAUUGCCACAGCCAUGCUGAUGUUCCUCGGCUGCAUGGGCUGCAUCGAGAAUUCGUUCUUCUCCAACUCCAACUUCCAGAGUGCGCUCAACUUCGGUUUUGUUGUCCUGAUUUGCAUCCAGUGCUUUGGCUGCGUGUGCGGUGCCCAUCUCAAUCCCACCGUGACGUUGGCCAACUAUAUCUACAACAUGAUCUCGCUGCCCAUGGCCAUUUCAUACUUUGUCGCGCAGAUGGUGGGGGCCUUCAUCGGCUAUGGUCUGCUCAAGGCCGUCAUGCCAGAGAGCGCCAUAUACAGCUCUAGCACGUCGAGUGGCGUCUGCGUAACAUCCCUCCACAGCAGCCUGACGGGGCUGCAGGGCGUGGUCAUAGAGUUCCUGAUCACCAGCGCCCUGAUUGCCAUUUGCUGUGGCGUCUGGGAUCCGCGCAAUGCCAGGAACCAGGACUCUGUGCCAGUGCGUUUCGCCCUAGCCAUCGCCUGCCUCUCCUUGACUGCGGGUCAGUUCACAGGAGCCAGCAUGAAUCCGGCCCGCUCUUUUGCCCCGGCCAUUUGGAACGGAGCCUGGGAGAAUCACUGGAUCUACUGGGUGGGUCCCCUGGCAGGAGCUCUCGUCUCAUCGCUCAUCUACAAGUAUGCUUUCCGACGAGAGCUUCAGGCACAGGAAGAGCAGGAAUCGACCAUGUCCACCAAGCGGACCUCUGAAUUAGAGUUCGCCUAGCGAGCAAGAGAUCCCUUACAAGACAACAUAUCCCAUAAGUGCUUUAAAAGCGGCUUAGUUUUUAGUCUCACUCGCCCUACUAUACAAAUAAAUA